AUGAAAGGCUCGGGGGCCUUCAACUCGGAAGAGUUCAAUAUGAGUUCUAUGCCCUGGGAGUUGAAAAAUGAGACCAAAGUACCUUACGAAGACGUCCGAGUCAAGUACAGAGUCCAUCAAGCCGAGCAGAUCAUCUUCUAUAACAGACCAACGUUACGGAAAUCACCUGGGCUAUAUCUGGUGCUUGCCAUCCAGCCAUUCUUGAUAGUCAUCAUCCUGGGACUAUCUUCCAUGCGUCACUCGGAGCCCCUGAGCAAGGGAUUCGGCCUCGUCUCGACCUUUUCGGGCAUUGACAGUCAGAGCCUGAGCAGCUUGGCGGGAUCAUCUCUUUUAGGGGAGCUUUCGCGGCCUGUCAAGCUUACAACGUCUCCCGUUCAAACUGGCGGCACAAACACGAUACAGUGUCGUGCAAGAACAUCUUCAGAAGGGCCCGACGAUUCGGGCACUACUUGGUUCUACUGA